AUGGAUAUUAAAAACAAUACGGCUCUAAUUGAAGCCCUGUUAUUAGAAGAGCUUCCGGACUGCGACGAAGCGUCUGAUGCAGGUGUGUCCGAUGAUGAAGUGGAAAAUGUUCAACUACCCUCGCCAAGAGGUUUCGAUGAAAUUUUUGAAAGAGCUAUAGAAGAUGUUUUGGCCGAAGUUCCGCCGUCGUCGCCGUCAAAUGAAGAUGUAUUGGAGUACCCAAUAAAUCAGGUACCCACAUCUUCAUUACCUGCACCUAGUGUUCAGCCUGAUCUACCAUCUGCAAAUAACUCUUCACACCGAACUAACCAGCGAUUACCCGAACCAAACCGUAAAUGGAAAAAGAGGGACCUAAGUACAUCUUUACCGGAAUACAUUGCGGAUACUGGAGUAGUAGAUGACUGGUUUGCUCACUGUACCACACCGACUGAUAUAUUUUUAGUAUUGAUUGAUGACAUUGUUGACAAUAUUGUAUACCAAAGUAACCUUUAUGCUACUCAGAAAAGCAAAGUAUUGAACCUAAAAAAAGAGGAACUCCUAACAUUUAUAGGUAUUAAUUUUUUUAUGGGUUACAAUACUCGUCCGGCGUGGAGAGACCACUACUCUUCGGCACCUGAUCUCAACAACGCGCUUAUUUGCAAGACUUUGCCUAGAGACAGGUUCGCUAUUAUUUUAUCUCAUCUGCAUUGCAAUGAUAGCUCCAAAAUGCCUUCAGGCUGCAAAGAUAAAUUAUAUAAAAUUAGACCAAUGAUUGAUGCACUCAAUAAAAAAUUUGAAAUGGUUUAUCAUGGUACUCGCGAACUGAGUGUAGAUGAGUCCAUGAUUAAAUUCAAAGGUAGGUCUGUCCUAAAACAGUAUCUACCUAUGAAGCCCAUAAAAAGGGGGUACAAACUGUGGUGUCUUGCUGACCAGAGGGGGUAUAUAAAGAAGUUUCAAAUUUACCAAGGGAAAGACGAAGAACUGAACACAAAAUUUACCGGCUAUGGAUUAGGAGAGAAAGUAGUUUUGGAGUUAACGGAACAAGAUUGGAGUAAGGGGAAGGUAGUUUACUUUGAUAAUUUUUUCACGUCUGUGGCUUUACUUGAGAAACUGAAAACUGAAAACACCUACGCAUGUGGAACUAUCCGAAGUAACAGAAAAGGACUGCCCGGAAAUAUGCUCGCUGAUUCUCAAUUGAAAAGGGGCGAUAGUGAUCAUCGAUUUUCAAAUUUAGACAUUGGAUAUUGGAAAUGGAAGGAUAAUAAAAUGGUUCAUUUAGUGUCUAAUUUUCACGGGAACGAAGAGGCAACUGUGUCACGUAAAGAAAAAAAUGGAACCAAGUCAGCCAUUACAUGCCCUAUAGCUGUCAAAGAUUACAAUAUGUAUAUGGGCGGCGUAGAUACAGCUGAUCGUUUGAGAGCCCUUUACUGUAUAGAUCGCAAAUCUCCGAAAUGGUGGCACAGAUUGUUUUGGGGUCUUCUGGACAUCGUAUUUGUCAAUGCAUAUGUCAUUCAUGGACUUAUAAUGGAACAGACUACCGUAAAAGAUUUUAGACGUUCUGUUACUCAAGGCUUGAUGACAAUGAAAGAUGCUAGUCAGAAAAGGAAGACUUCUACUGACAAUACUGCAAAAGGCGGCCCUUCCAAAAGACGCAAAUCUGACUACUCCACUAUAAAAGACGUACGCUUAGGUAACAGAGGCAUCCAUUGGCCUACGUUUGUAGAGAACAGGGGAAGGUGUGAGGUUUGUAGUUUGAAGAAGAUUCAGUCGAAACCUCAUAGUAAAUGUUCGCAUUGCAACGUGUUUUUUGUGUGUAAACGAAAAGAAAAAUUGUUUUAUUGA